CUGGCAAAUUGCUUGCCUUGAUUGAUCACAUGUUCUCUUGACCAAUCAGAUCCCAGUAUUGUCGGUGACGUCUCUUUCUCCAGCUGGCAGCCGUUCUCAAGGUAAAUUGAAAUUAUGUCUCUUUGCGACGACACCCUCCUGUGCAACUUCGCCAAGUGUCGGGUCAAGCUGACCACCUUUGCCUGGGUCACGGCCUGUUCGCACGUGUUCUGCGAUCAGCACGGGUCCCGUGAAUUUAACCAUGCUCCAACCAUCUGUCCGGCCUGCUCGUCCACUCUGUCUAAAAAAAUUGACAUUUUAAGGACAGAGCUGUCGCCGUCCGAGCAUUACAAGGCCAUGGUGCUGUGUGGUCUGCGCCCAGACAUAGUUCUGGACAUCACUUCCCGAGCUCUGGCCUUCUGGAACUACCAGGUCCAUCAGGAGCGCAUGUAUCAGGAAUACAGUGCGACUCGUGUUGAAAAGCAGCUGCUACAGAUGGAAAAUGUUCUGACCCAGCAGAACCAGACCAGGCAGCUAGAGCUGUCAGCCAUGAAAGCGGAAAUUGCCUACUUGAAGAAGAUGUUGGAGGACUACAAGAGGAAGAACGUCGAUGUGUCUGAGCGGCUGAUGGAGAAGAGCAGGCAGUACCAGAAGCUUCAAGGCAUGUAUGAACAGCUGAGGAUGCGCACCAUGGUGUUGGACAGUGGCCAGUCCCCGCGUCAGCUGACAUACCACAAUGUCAAUACUGGGGUGGCCAGCCACCAGACUCCCGAAAGGAACCCCCACUUCUUGCCAUGUCUGGAUUCUGACAGACGCAGAAACUUCUUCCAGCUUUGCUCCCCUGUUCACAACAAAGACCGAGCAGUCAUGAAGAACUGAAGACAGCAGGGGAGACAUCCGUUUGAAAGUAGACUUUGUUCAAGACUUGUUCUUCUGGAAGCGUUUUGUGGAGUUUAGUGCCCUGUCAGUUUGUAUUCUGUGUCCCCAAAAAGGGUUAGUAGGAGUCUUAACCUUCUAAAAAAAACAAAAAAAA